GGAGAAAGAGGGCACAACAACUCCAGUGAAGGUUUUGUUCGAAUCAAGUGUUAACACUCCAAAUCGGUCAUUUUAAAUUAUCUUAAAGCCCUCUUUGCCACCGUCGUUUGCUUCCGCCACCGCCCUGAAACACACACAGUCACACACUACAGAGUAUUUCAAUGGCAGCAUCAUUUGAAGACAACUCAACGGGUCAACCCAAAGACGAUGCCCUCAAAUCCACAGCUCCUGCCCGCACCGAACCUGAAGAAGACAACGACAACGACGACGACGACAGCCAGGAAGAGGACGACGAUGAGGAAGAAGAAGAAGAGGACGACGAUGAAGAUGAACAACCACCUCUUACUCGGCAGGCCCGAAUGCAGUCGGACCGGGCCAAAAUGGAGGCCCUCUUUCGCCGCUUAUCAACUGAGCGAGUCCCAGUACGAGUCCACGAUGUAUUGAUCAAAGGAAACGCGAAGACUAAAGAUUCUCUAAUCGAAGCCGAAGUGGAAGCUCUGAAAACUGCCACCACGGUUCAGGAGUUGCUUCAGGCCGCUGGUAUUGCGAAUGCGAGGCUUCAACGCCUUGAGAUUUUUGAUUCGGUUAAUAUAACACUAGAUUCGGGGCCGCCGGAGCUUCCUGGGACGGCUAAUGUGGUUGUCGAGGUUGUCGAGGCCAAGAACCCUCUUAGUGGCGAUUUUGGGAUUUUCUCCAAGCCCGAGGCUAGGUCUUGGUCGCUUGAAGGAUCUGUGAAGCUGAAAAAUUUGUUUGGUUAUGGGGAUCUAUGGGAUGGUUCUUUGGCUUAUGGCUGGGACCAGACCUCAGAGAUUAGUGCUGGUCUGUCUUUACCCAGAUUCAAAGGAUUAAUGACUCCUCUGAUGGCUCGAAUAUCUCUGCUUUCCCAAGAUUGGUCGAAGUUUUCUUCUUAUAAGGAGAGAGCAUUAGGUUUCUCCCUUGGCCUGUUGUCAUCCAGGAAUCACGAUCUGUCAUACAAUCUCUCUUGGCGUACCUUGAGUGACCCAUCACAAAUAUCUUCCAGGACUGUAAGGAGGCAACUUGGACAUGGUUUACUGUCCACUUUGAAGUAUACUUUCAAGGUUGACAGAAGAAAUUCGCCUCUCAGACCAACACAAGGAUACGCCUUUGUUUCUACCUCUCAACUUGGGGGGCUUGUACCAGAUUAUCGGAGCUUACGUUUUCUCCGCCAGGAGUUUGAUCUUCGAUAUGCUUUUCCUUUGGGACUUUUAAAUGCUGCACUGAACUUUGGUAUCUCUAGUGGUGUUGUUUUUCCAUGGGGAAAUGGCUUCUUGAAUAGGCCUUCAUAUUUACCUGAGAGAUUCUUCUUGGGUGGUAAUUCUUCUCCUGUCUGCACCUUGGGUGGCCCUACGUCAAUACUAGGUUUUAAGUCCAGGGGACUGGGUCCAGCUGAGCCUAGAAGGCAAGUUGGAGAAAACUCUACUACUGAAAGUGCUGAUGCUUCUUCAGAAAUGGAUUUUCUUGGGGGAGAUUUUGCUGUUACUGGUUUUGCGGACCUUUCUUUUGAUAUUCCCUUGAAGGUGUUUAGAGAUGCAGGUAUUCAUGGACAUGCAUUUGCUUGCACUGGAAGUCUGACAAGUUUGACUGAGAAUUCAUACCGAGAGUUUUCUUUAACGAAAUUCAAAGAGUCAUUCAGACACUCAGCAGGAUUUGGAAUCAUUGUGCCUACUAAACUAUUUCGUAUGGAGGUUAACUACUGCUACAUACUGAAAAAGCAUGAGCAUGACCGAGGGAAGACUGGUGUGCAAUUCAGCUUCUCUUCGCCAUUAUAAUUUCUGGUUUAAGUUUCUAUUGUCUUUUGACUUCUUUGUUGGGUUAGCACCUUCGGCCUUUCCUGAAGGUAACUAUGAGAACUGUUGUCUUCGUCUGCUCUUAGCAUAUCAAAUUAGAUGGCUUAAAUGGCUCUAGUUUCAACAUUGAGAUGGUUUUUAAUGCACCAUAGCGGGGGAAUAAGAGUAACAGAUGUAAAGAUACAGGUAGAGUUCCCAUUCAGUGAAGAAUUAAGAAAACACUUGAAUGCUUUCAAUCUGCAUCUGAUUUUUUUACACAGGAACUGCGUCUAUGUACUUUUUCAACACUUUUUCCUCUGAGUAUUGCUCUCCACUGUUCCUGUGUACUUGUAUCAUUUUAUUUGAUGAGCCUGCUAUUCUUGAAGU